AGCCCGCUGAGCAGCACGGGUGGGCGUGUCCUCGGUGCGCGCGGCCCUCCGUGGAGGGCAAGUACGUGUACCAGCCUAUGACCCCUGUGGAGCAGCUCCCCAGCACCGAGAUUCCUGUGAAGCCCCGGGAACCCACGAACACCAUUCAGAUCUCAGUCUCCCUCACUGAACACUUUCUGAAAUUUGCAUCUGUCUUCCAGCCUCCCCUCCCGCCUGACUCCCCAAGGUACUGUAUGAUCUCAGACCUCUUUAUUGACAACUACCAGGUUAAGUGUAUUAAUGGGAAGAUGUGUUAUGUGCAGAAGCAGCCGGCACCACAUUCCCACAAAAUGAGCCCUCAGGAGGUCUCUGCACCCGAUGCCUUAAUUUCAAAAGAGAGCAAUACACCAAAAAUAGAUCACUGCUCUUCUCCCUCAAGUUCUGAGGACUCUGGGAUCAAUGCCGUCGGGGCUCACUAUGUGGAAUCGUGUGAUGAGGACACGGAGGAAGGAGCAGAAUUGAGCUCAGAGGAAGACUACAGUCCAGAGAGUAGCUGGGAGCCGGACGAGUGCACCCUUCUCUCCCCGUCGCAGUCCGACCUGGAGGUGAUUGAAACGAUAGAAACCACCGUGUGAGGCAGGGCAGGAAGCCGCGUCCUCUGGUCCCUGCUGCGCUUUGUACUCGUGUUGAUGGACCCUUUUGCCAGUGCAGUUGGUAUUUUCGACCCCUAACAACUGCAGCAGUUCAGUGGUCUGCUGAUUAGCUAAACUCUUAAAUUAGUCUUAUAACUAA